AUGUGGAAACCCUGUGACCUGUGUUUGUUGGAAAUAGAAGGCUAUUACCGCGCUGGCUACUCCCUGCUGCGCCUGCUCCAGCCUUAUGAUGCUGCUGACAUGUUUUUUGACGGUCUGCGAGUUCUGCCGGACAGCGGAGACCCAGCACAGGUGGCCGAUUUCCUUGUUGGAAUCUUCACCACUUUGAGCAGUGACUCCAUUGUUUUACAGAGUUUCUUGCCCUGCUUUGAUCAUCUUUUCAGUAGUGGAUUCCCAGCAGAAGUGUGGCAGUCUGUAAUAGAAAAGUUGGCGAAGCAGGGGUUGUGGCAUUCAUUUCUGCUUCUGUCAGCAAAAAAAGACCGACUGCCAAGAAAUAUCCACGUCUCAGAAUUAUCACUGAAAAGUCUUUUUGAGAAAUAUGUCUUCAUUGGGCUUUAUGAGAAAAUGGAACAGGUGCCCAAGUUAGUCCAGUGGCUCAUCUCCAUUGGGGCCAGUAUCGAGAGCAUAGGACCGUACCCUCUUCAUGCCCUCAUGAGACUCUGUAUCCAAGCCAAGGAAAACCACCUUUUUAGGUGGGUCAUGGACCAUAAGCCCGAGUGGAAAGGCUGCAUCAACCAGAAGGACAAAGAUGGCUGCACCGUCCUGCAUGUGGUUGCCGCCCACACCCCAGGGUACCUCAUCAAGAGACAGACAGAGGACGUGCAGAUGCUCCUGCACUUUGGGGCAGACCCCACUCUGCUGGAUCGCCAGUCCCGAUCCCCUGUGGAUGUCCUGAAGAGGAAUAAGAACUUCAAAGCCAUCGAGAAAAUCAACAGUCACUUGGCAAAGCUGGCUGCGUGUUCUAAGGACCUAACAGGACUCAGCAACGGUGACAGACCUGCUAGUGACGGUGACAGCUUCCGGAAGGCCUCCGAGCAGCUGGUGAAGUAUCUGAACUCGGGAGGCCGGUCACUGCAUAAAAACUUUCUGAAACACGAAGUGGUGCAGAGGUUCUUGCGCCUCCUUUCUACUCUGCAAGAAAUUCCUCCAGACCUGGUCUGUGAAAUUAAUCAAAAUUGUGCCAACGCCUUCAUGAAGUUCUUACUGGAGAAACAGAAAUGGCCCGAAGUGCUUCUGCUGCUGACCCGCAAAGUAAGCGGGGAGCCCCCUCUGGGGGAUUGUCUCAUCAAAGACUGCCGCUUCUCAGACCUAGAUAUCUGCUCCAUCAUCCCCCACCUCUGUGCCUGGGACCAGCGGAGGAUCCAGCUCCUGGGCUGCCUGAUUGACGGUGGAGGUGAGAAUGCCUAGGUGAUAAGUGCUGGAGAGUUGUCCAAGGCAAUGGCGUCUACCUGUCUUUCUUCUGAUUUUGAAGACAUUGGGAAAUUCUGCCUCAGCCUCUCCCCUGUAGCCUAUUGUUUGGAAAGAGCGACAAGGGUAGUGCUCUGUAAGCGAGCUGCCCCAGAGGAACUGCAGUGUUGUGGAAUCCACUUACCCCCGUUCUCUUUCUCUCUUGUGUGGGACAGAGAGUAGGUGGAGGGUCCUUGCCUUUGGUCUAGCCCCCUGUGGGCAU